AUGUCUGAUCUCGUAGACUUAUUCCAAUUCCUUGACUCUCCAAACCCUUCGGCUAGGCAUCUAGCUCUGCAGAACCUUGUAGGCCAUACCGCCAAAUCCGACCCUGACAGGCAUAUCUUCCUCCCCUCCUCCCUCGGACACCACAGUACCGGUCUCAUUCCUCAGAAACGGAGCAUAGAUUCAGAUGGCGAUAAUGUCAAGAUAAAAGCUAUCAAAGAUUUGACAUCUCUCUGUAGAGAUCAGGCGUUCAUCGCCCAUGACGCUUUAUCGGCAUUGAUCAACUUAUCAGACACUUUGGCUGCUGCCCAGCAUAUGGUCGACCAAGAGUUUUUGGUGUGGCUAGUAUCUUACACAGCCAAUACGACAUCAACCCUUUCUCCAUUGACAUCAAUGUUACUUUCAAAUCUGACUUCACACCCUACCUUAUUACCGAUAAUUGCAUCUCUUCAGAUUCCCAUCUCACGCCUACCCAAAUCGUCGCAUUACCCUCCUUACUACUUCCCUGCCUCGGCUUCUAUCUCUUCAACGAUUCACCCCGAUUACUGGGGACCGUCAAUAGGUCGUCUCAACGAGCUUGUCGGUCAAGAGGAAGAAACGGAUAUCGAAGCUGUUAGGGCACUAGCCGAGGCUUUCGCCGAUGGGGCUUCGGUAGAUGUCAAGAAAGGUCGAGGAAAGAGAAAAGGGGAAUGUCACUUCCUCGCUUCAGUAUUUGCCAAUAUCAGUAUGGCUCCGACGACGAGAUCGUUAUUACUUGUCCCUAGACCUCCCUUUCCAAAUCCUUCCACUUCGGCCCCGUCAGAUGUAGAUGAACCAUUACUCGCCAAAAUUGUCGUAUAUACGGAACACUCCGAUACGAUACGUCGAGGUGGAGCUUUGGGUUGUAUAAAGAAUUGUGCCAUGGACCGUGGGUCCCACGCAUGGUUGCUGACAAGUGAGAACGAUCGAGUUAAACUUCCUUCAGAUCCAUCGCGUAUGGUCAGAGGGGUAGACGUUUUGCCGUGGGUGCUUAGUCCGCUCAUGGGUGCGGAAGAGUAUGACAUGGAAGAGAUGGAGCAGUUGCCUUUAUCACUGCAAUUUCUGCCAGAUACAAAAGUUAGAGAGAAGGACAUAGUGUUGAGGAUGAUGUGUGUGGAAAUUUUAUUACUGCUCGCCACAACCUUUACUGGACGUCAAUCGCUCCGAAGUAGAGGGGCGUACUUUGUCGUCCGCGAAGCUCACAAAGUGGAGACAGAUCCCCAGAUCAAAGAAGCCAUCGAACGACUCGUGUCAUUAUUACAGGGCGAAGAGAGUCAUGAAACUCGGGUCGAGGAGGUGAGCGAAUUAGUAAAGGUUUCUUCGGUUCAUGGGGAGGAGGAUGAAGAUGAUGAACUCGGUGUGAUUGAGGUUUAGGGUGUAUGGCUGGAAGUAGUGUAAUACUGUACUUGAUCAUCUUAUAAAUCGUACGUAACAUCUACACCGCUGUUCAUGAUCACCGACGGCCGACCGGCCGACGAUCCGUUGCAGCUACAGUAGCAACCAGCCUUUAUGAUGAUAGCGUUAUGCAAACUCUAGACCCUUC